GACGUGGGCGGGGCGAUGCGAGACGGGGGCGGGGCGGGGCGAACAGGCUCCUCCCGAGCGUCGGAAAGGCUAGGUGCAGCAAUGAGGUGGCUGAAGAGUGCCCGCUGUUGGCGGUCGGCGCUGCUCCUUGCAGGCAGAGUCGGGCUCUGGGCAGGGCCGCGCACAGCCUCGGGCAGCCCGCGAAUCGCCGGCGAGCUGCAAGGCGAGCUGGACAGAUUUGGGGGCGUCUCGGUGCAUCUAGCGCGGCAUCGCGCGCUGCACGGGCUGGACGCUGCUGCCUUCCGGAGGCUGUUGCAGGCUGCCGUACAACAGUGGCAGUCAGAAGGAAGGGUAGCUGCAUGGCUGCACAUCCCCAUCCUGCAAAGCCACUUCAUCACCUCUGCUGCUUCCCUGGGCUUCCGCUUCCACCACGCAGACUCCCACUCCUCCACGCUGACACUGUGGCUGGGAGAAGGACCCAGCAGACUGCCAGGAUAUGCUACGCACCAAGUGGGGGUUGCAGGUGCUGUAUUUGAUGAAAGCUCCAGAAAAGUGCUGGUUGUACAAGAUCGAAAUAAAUUGAAAAAUAUGUGGAAGUUUCCAGGAGGCCUGUCAGAGCCUGGGGAAGAUAUUGGCGACACAGCAGUCCGAGAGGUCUUUGAAGAGACUGGUGUGAAGUCAGAAUUCAGGUCCCUGCUAAGCAUCCGGCAGCAACAUGGCAGCCCUGGAGCCUUCGGGAAGUCGGACAUGUACCUGAUCUGCCGCCUGCAGCCAUGUUCCUUCACUAUCAACUUCUGCCAGCAGGAAUGCUUGAAGUGUGAAUGGAUGGAUCUAGAAAAACUAGCCAGGAUUGAAAAUACCACCCCCAUCACCAGGAGGGUGGCUAGGUUAUUGCUGUAUGGACACAGGGAAGGGUUUGACAAAAUUGACCUCAGCAUGGAGGAAUUCCGCGCAGUGUACCCAGGCCUGUUCUACAAACUCUAUCACAGGGAACUGCCAGGGAGUUACAAAGACACAGCGGGAACAGACUGAACACAAACACCGGAGUGAACCAAAGAUGGACAUGGUCUGCGCCUGACCCCCGGUGCCAGUUCUCUCACAUACAUGAUUUCCAUGGUGGAAAUUUGUAAAUGUACAUACUUUUAAAUCCUCCUCUCAAAUAAAGAAAAUAAAAAGAUUGUGGCUCUAGUCAUCCC